UUUUUCCCCCAGAUAUUUGAGGUGAAAAUACACGUGUAAAGCCUGGCGUUUACAGAAGAUGAAAGACAUCGACAUAGGAAAAGAGUACAUUAUACCCAGUCCUGGGUACAGAAGUGUGAGGGAGAGAGCCAACUCAGUGCAGCAUGAAGAGCAGGAAGGGUCAAAAUUUCAGCAUGCUAAACAUCAGCAGGUUGAAUGCCAGGAUGCCUUGGAAGCAGCUGCUCGGGCAGAGGGCCUGCCACUGGACACCUCUGUGCAUUCCCAGCUGAGAAUGCUGGAUGAAGAGCAUCGCAAGAGCAAAUACCACCAUGGCUUGAAUGUGCUGAAACCCAUACGGACUACUUCCAAACACGAGCACCCUGUUGAUAAUGCUGGGCUGUUCUCCUGCAUGACCUUCUCCUGGCUCACUCCUUUGGCCCACAGAGCAUACAAGAAAGGGGAAUUGUUUAUGAAUGAUGUAUGGUCUUUAUCAAGUCAUGAGUCUUCAGAUGUCAAUUGUAGAAGGCUGGAGAGAUUGUGGCAGGAAGAACUGAAAGAAAGUGGGCCUGAUGAUGCUUCUCUCCGGAGGGUUGUGUGGAUUUUCUGCCGUACCAGGCUCAUCAUUUCCAUAGUGUGUCUGAUGAUCACUCAACUCGCGGGUUUUAGUGGACCAGCGUUCGUUGUGAAACAUCUUCUGGAGUAUACCCAACAGAAUGAGUCCAACCUGCAGUACAGCUUGUUCUUAGUUUUUGGCAUCUUUAUGACGGAAGUGGUGCGAUCUUGGUCCCUUGCACUAACCUGGGCUUUGAAUUACCGCACGGGGGUUAGGCUGCGUGGAGCUGUCUUGACAAUGGCAUUUAAGAAAAUUCUUAAGCUGAAGAACAUCAAGGAGAAGUCUCUUGGAGAGCUCAUAAAUGUGUGUUCCAAUGAUGGUCAAAGGAUGUUUGAGGCUGCAGCAGUUGGCAGUUUGUUGGCUGGGGGCCCUAUUGUGGCCAUCUUAGGAAUGGUUUAUAAUGUGAUUAUUCUGGGUCCAACAGGCUUCUUGGGCUCUGCUGUCUUCAUCCUUUUCUACCCAGCAAUGAUGUUUGUUUCACGCCUCACAGCUUAUUUCAGACGAAAAUGUGUAUCAACAACAGAUGAGCGUGUGCAGAAGAUGAAUGAAGUCCUUAAUUACAUUAAGUUCAUUAAAAUGUAUGCCUGGGUCAAACCGUUUUCUCAGAAUGUUCAAAAAAUUCGUGAGGAAGAACGUAAAAUCUUGGAGCGUGCGGGCUACUUCCAGAGCAUCACUGUGGGUGUGGCUCCUAUAGUUGUAGUCAUUGCCAGUGUGGUGACUUUUUCUGUCCACAUGAUCCUUGGCUACGAUCUUACAGCAGCUCAGGCAUUCACAGUGGUCACUGUCUUCAAUUCAAUGACUUUUGCACUAAAAGUAACACCUUUCUCAGUGAAGUCUCUGUCUGAGGCAUCUGUUUCUGUUGACAGAUUUAAGAGUUUAUUUCUAAUGGAAGAGGUUCAUAUGAUAAAGAAAAAACCAGCCAAUCCUCACACCGCGAUAGAGGUGAAAAAUGCUACCUUGGCUUGGGAAUUCUCCCACGCCAGCGUCCAGAGCUCACCAAAGUUGACCCCCAAAGUGAAAAAAGACAAGAAAGUCACCAAGGGCAAGAAAGAGAAAAUGAAGCUACAGAAUGAGGGACAGCAAGCUGUGCUGGCAGAGCAGAAGGGCCAUCUUCUAGUGGACAGUGAUGACCAUCGUAGCCCCGAAGAGGAGAACAAAAUUAUCCACCUAACUAACUUUCGGCUUCAGAGGACUCUGUACAACAUUGACUUAGAGAUAGAAAAGGGAAAACUUGUUGGAAUUUGUGGCAGUGUGGGGAGUGGAAAAACUUCACUUAUCUCAGCCAUUUUAGGACAGAUGACCCUGUUGGAGGGUAGCAUUGCAGUAAGUGGAAUGUUUGCAUAUGUGGCCCAGCAGGCCUGGAUUCUCAAUGCUACACUUCGAGACAAUAUUCUUUUUGGCAAGGAAUAUGAUGAAGAAAGGUACAAUACUGUGUUGAAUGGUUGCUGUCUAAGGCCUGACCUAGCCAUACUUCCAAAUGGGGACCUGACAGAGAUUGGUGAACGAGGGGCUAACCUGAGUGGAGGACAGCGUCAGAGGAUCAGUCUAGCUCGAGCCCUGUACAGUGACAGGGACAUUUACAUCCUUGAUGACCCCCUUAGUGCCUUAGAUGCUCAUGUUGGAAAUCACAUUUUCAACAGUGCAAUAAAGAAGCACCUGAAGUCAAAGACUGUCCUUUUCAUCACUCAUCAGCUUCAGUAUCUUGUUGACUGUGAUGAAGUGAUCUUCAUGAAAGAAGGCUGCAUUACUGAGCGAGGAAGCCAUGAAGAACUGAUGAAUUUAAAUGGGGACUAUGCAACUAUUUUUAAUAACCUACAGCUGGGAGAAACACCCCAUAUUGAGAUUAAUAUAAAGAAGAAUGCAAACAGUUCACUGAAAAGACCCCAGGAUAAAAAUACCAAAACAGGGUCUGUGAAGAAGGAGAAAGUUGUAAAGAAGGAAGAGGGCCAGUUGGUCCAGUUGGAAGAGAAAGGCAAAGGCUCUGUCCCCUGGUCUGUUUAUGGCGUCUACAUUCAGGCAGCUGGAGGUCCUUUUGCUUUCCUUGUCAUCAUGGCGCUGUUUGUGCUGAAUGUGGGCAGUACAGCUUUUAGCAAUUGGUGGCUGAGUUUCUGGAUCAAGCAAGGCAGUGGAAACACUACUGUGACUUUGGGAAAUGAUACUGUUGUAAGCAACAGUAUGAAAGAUAACCCUCAUAUGCAUUACUAUGCUGGCAUCUAUGCACUGUCUAUGGCAGUUAUGUUGAUCCUGAAGGCUGUUCGUGGUGUUGUCUUUGUAAAGGGAACUCUCAGAGCAUCCUCAAGGCUCCAUGAUGAGCUCUUCCGACGGAUUCUGCGUAGCCCCAUGAAAUUCUUUGACACUACACCCACUGGACGUAUUCUCAACAGGUUUUCCAAAGACAUGGAUGAAGUUGAUGUUCGUUUGCCAUUUCAAGCAGAAAUGUUCAUUCAGAAUGUCAUCCUUGUGUUCUUCUGUGUGGGGAUGAUUUCUGGGGUUUUCCCCUGGUUCCUGGUGGCUGUGGGACCCCUCAUUGUCCUGUUCACAGUCCUACAUGUUGUGUCUAGAGUUUUUAUUCGAGAGCUCAAGCGUCUGGACAACAUCACACAGUCUCCAUUCCUGUCUCAUAUUACAUCUAGCAUCCAGGGUCUAUCCACAAUCCAUGCCUACCACAAAGGACAGGAAUUUCUGCACAGAUAUCAGGAGCUCCUAGAUGACAAUCAGGCACCAUUUUACCUGUUCAGCUGUGCAAUGCGCUGGCUAGCUGUACGGCUGGACAUUAUCAGCAUUGCUCUCAUCACAACCACUGGCCUUAUGAUUGUCUUAAUGCAUGGCCAGAUUCCUCCUGCCUAUGCUGGGCUGGCAAUCUCAUAUGCUGUCCAGUUAACAGGGUUAUUCCAGUUUACAGUCAGACUUGCUUCAGAGACAGAAGCUCGCUUUACCUCAGUUGAGAGAAUUGAUCACUAUAUCAAGACACUUUCCCUGGAAGCUCCUGCUCGAAUUAAAAACAAGACUCCUCCUCUGGACUGGCCACAGGAAGGUGAAGUUGUUUUUGAAAACGCAGAGAUGCGGUACCGAGAGAACCUUCCUCUAGUACUUAAAAAAGUGUCCUUUACCAUCAAACCGAAGGAAAAGAUUGGCAUUGUGGGAAGGACAGGCUCAGGGAAGUCUUCUCUUGGAAUGGCACUCUUUCGUCUUGUUGAACUAUCUGGAGGCUGUAUUAAAAUUGAUGGAGUGAAAAUAAAUGAUAUUGGUUUGGCAGAUCUUCGCAGCAAACUCUCAAUAAUUCCUCAGGAACCUGUGCUAUUCAGUGGCACUGUGAGAUCAAAUUUGGAUCCUUUCAAUCAGUACAGUGAGGAACAAAUCUGGGAUGCUUUGGAAAGGACUCACAUGAAGGAGUGUGUUGCCCAGCUGCCUAUGAAACUUGAUUCAGAAGUGAUGGAAAAUGGAGAAAACUUCUCAGUUGGAGAGAGACAGUUACUGUGCAUAGCUAGAGCUCUACUGCGUCGUUGCAAAAUUUUGAUACUGGAUGAAGCAACAGCUGCUAUGGACACUGAGACAGACUUACUGAUUCAGGAGACUAUCAGAGAGGCAUUUGCAGACUGCACUAUGUUAACAAUUGCUCAUCGCCUGCACACGGUACUGGGCUCUGAUCGGAUCAUGGUGCUAACACAAGGACAGGUAGUGGAGUUUGACAUGCCGUCUGCCCUUCUGGCCAAUGAGAACUCGCGCUUCUAUGCUAUGUUUGCUGCUGCGGAGAACAAGAUCUGGUGGCUGGAUCCAGAACUGACGUAUGGCAACGCCAAGCCAUUUGUCUUCACACAGGGCCACUCAGUGUGUAACCGGUCUUUCUUCCCCUGCUUUGAUACACCAGCAGUGAAAUGCACCUACUCAGCUACUGUCAAGGCUCCAGCAGGCAUACAGGUGUUGAUGAGUACCACCCAAAGUACCUACUUAGAAGAGGAAGGUGUAUACCAGUUUUACAUGGAAUAUCCAGUUCCUGCCUACCUUGUGGCCCUGGUAGCAGGAGACCUAAUACAUGCAGACAUAGGUCCUAGGAGCAGAGUGUGGGCUGAGCCUUGCCUGCUGCCAACAGCCAUCAGCAAGCUUUCUGGCAUUGUUGAGCGCUGGUUGACGGCUGCAGAGAGUCUGUAUGGCCCAUAUAUAUGGGGACGAUAUGACAUUGUUUUUCUUCCACCAUCCUUCCCUAUUGUUGCCAUGGAAAACCCAUGCCUGACCUUCAUCAUCUCUUCUAUUUUGGAGAGUGAUGAGUUUUUGAUCAUUGAUGUCAUUCAUGAAGUUGCCCACAGCUGGUUUGGAAAUGCAGUCACCAACGCUACAUGGGAGGAGAUGUGGCUGAGCGAGGGGCUGGCCACAUAUGCACAACGCCGGAUCACCACAGAGACCUAUGGAGCUGCCUUCACAUGUUUGGAGACUGCAUUCCGCCUUGAUGCUCUCCACAGACAGAUGAAACUCCUUGGAGAAGACAACCCAGUCAGCAAGCUUCAGGUUAAACUAGAGCCAGGUGUAAAUCCUAGUAAUUUAAUGAACCUCUUCACCUAUGAGAAAGGCUACUGCUUUGUUUACUACCUGUCCCAGCUCUGUGGUGACCCAAGACACUUUGACUCCUUCCUAAGAGCCUACAUUGAGAAGUACAAAUUUACCAGUGUUGUUGCUCAAGAUCUUCUGGAUUCCUUCCUGAAUUUUUUUCCAGAGCUGAAAGAGCAAUGUGUUGAGAGCAAAGCAGGACUGGAGUUUGAACGUUGGCUCAAUGCUACAGGACCUCCAUUAGCUGAGCCAGACUUAUCUCAGGGAUCCAGUCUGACCAGACCGGUGGAGACGCUCUUCAAACUCUGGACCACAGAGCCUCUGGACUCUGCUGCUGCCAGCAGGGUUGACCUCACUAAAUGGAGAACGUUCCAAACCGUACUUUUCUUGGACAGAUUGCUGGAUGGGUCACCACUGCCACGUGAGGUGAUAAAAAAGCUUUCGGAAUGUUACUCCUCUCAGCUGGACUCCAUGAAUGCAGAAAUCCGUAUCCGCUGGUUGCAGAUUGUAGUCCGAAAUGACUAUUAUCCAGACCUUUACAAAGUCCGUCGCUUCUUGGAAAACCAGAUGUCUCGGAUGUAUACAAUUCCACUUUACGAGGACCUUUGCACUGGCACCCUCAAGUCUUUUGCCUUAGAAAUUUUUUACCAGACCCAAAACCAGCUGCACCCCAAUCUUCGGAAAACCAUCCAACAGAUCUUAUCACAGGGCUUGAAUCCAUUUCCUGCCAUUGACACUACAGCAGUCACUACAGACACACCAGCAAUGGUGCUUGAGGACAAAGCCUCAGAGGCCACAAAUGGUGCCAUUUCACUCAGGGAUGUUAAUGUGUCUGCCUAGAACACCAGUUCAUGCCAGCCAUGAAGCUUGAAAGUGGGGACAGAAACAGAGGAAAGAUACCAAGCAUCACCUCCUUUCCUUCAGCCCUGCAGCUGCAGUGUGUUGUUGUAACUGGAUUUGUCUCCCAAAACACAAAGCAAAUGUGCCUUCAAGUAUCCAGCGUGUGACACUGCCAGAUUUCAGAGACCUCCUUCAGCUGUGGGGUGGAUAUUUUUAUUCAGUUUAUACUGGGCAGAGACUCCUGGGCAGUUGCUUCUCCAUGGAAAGUGGAUAGUUCCCUUUCCUGAGGCUCUUCUGGAUGGUUUCUCCAAGUCUGUGGGUUGGUGGUUAUGGGGUUUUCAGUUGAUUGCUUGCUUUCCUUUUUUUUUUUUUUUUUUUUUUUUUUGUUUGUUUGUUCUUUUUUUUUUUUGUCUGAGGCCACUGAGGCAUGUCCUGCUUGCCAUGUGUAUGGUGCUGGAGAGUGUGUAUGUGUCAAGCUGUCAUUACCCUGAUAUUUGGACUGAAGUUCUGCAAAGGAGAGACUGAGGAAUUGUUGGUGGGAGCAAACAAGUUUUCACGUUAUGCUCCUUACUGUGAUGGAGGUGUUGUGAUUGCGAGGUAGGGGACUAAUGCUUAAGUAAUUAAGAAACUAAUUUUAAAUAGCUCCUGUUCCCCCUUGCCCCUAGGUGGCUAAAUAAUAAUAAUGGGAAACCUUAUGAUGUAUUUGAAAUCCUUCUGUAGUUAACCCUUCCUUCAGUUUUCCCUUUACACUCAAUGGGAAGGGCAGUAAAGAAAUGUGUAGGCUUGAAUUUUCAAAAAAGUUAAAAUCAGGUGCCCAAAAGCCAUCAAUUCUGGUACUAGCUGGAUGCCUAAAUCUUUUUAACUUUUGACAAGUCUAGCUGCAACCUUUGUGUGUUAGGAUGUGUAGCACAUGUGUUUGUCCCAUGCACUCUAUCUUCUAUUCUGUCCUUUUGGAAGAAUUAACAGGACCUUUAAUUUAAAUUUGGGUUUUCUUUGUUUGUUUGUUUUGAAGAUCCCUAGUAUAAAUUAGGCCUGUAAGUCAACCAUGGAGAUUGUGCUAAAUUUUACUGCCUUGAAUAACAUUUGUCCGAAUAACAGUUGCCCUGUCAUAUGAUAGCAUGAGGGAAGCACCCUCGUUUUUGAUAGAAGACUUUUAAGCCCUGCUUUACUCAAGUCUGUUUUCUGACUUGUGGUUGUGGUGGUAAGAUGCCAUUUCAUUUACACAGCAUGCUAUUUCUCUUGCUCACUGGCCAGGCAUGCCAGAUGGGAAGAUACUCUCUUCCAUCUGCACCAUUCAGUCUCAGGAAGGGGAGGGCAAAGCAUUGUUGGGUAUUAGAGAGUACACCUAGUGGUUCUUAAGACUGCACCACAUCGUUUCUAAUGUGUGAGUACCUGUGUGCCACUCAGUGAGCACCCACAAAGCAUCUCUGAGCUGAUGUAUCACCAGGAUAGAGAACUAGUUGGAAUGAAAAGUGAAACAUUUGGAAGAGGCUCAGCUAAAGGAGAUGUGAGAAAAAAUAUAUAUAAUUUGGGGCAAAUUUUAUUUUAGCCCUGCUAUGGGGAUCUACAUAGCACAGGAAGAGGGGAAAUUAGGGAGUUGUUUUGUUUUUUUUUGUGGGGUUUGUUUUGGGGUUUUUUUCUUUUUUGUUUUGUUUUGCCUUUGUUUGUUUUGUUGGUUUUCUGUUUUUUUUUUUUUUUCACAGAAACUAUCUGUUUACACCCAUGUGUGGAUGGGGACUUAGGUGCUGUUACUGGAUCUGCAUUUUCUGGCUUUAAAUUAAUUUGGACUUCACCAUAGCCUUAGCCUGGGCUGAACUGGGAUAAAGCAAUAAUGAACUCAGGCCUCUCUAGUGCUUCAUAGUUUUUAAAAUGGGUCAUCAGCAUUGUUAGGCUUCAGAACUCCAAGCUCUGCUCUUUGUUUCUUGAAUCGGGAUUAUCCUUUUAAUUCCCUCUUUUUUUCCAGAAAGGACGGAGAAUGAUGCUUUCUGCACAAAUCUCUUUCUGUUUGUUGUUCUAUUGAAUGAGAUCUGUGCAAGCUGAUUUUCCACUUCCCAAGUUACCACUGUUGGUGUUGCGUCUCCUGGUCCCCACUGCUAGCAGCAGCAGCCCAGCCAAGACCAGUAACCACUAGCAGCUUUUGGAAUCCCAGGGCUCCACUGUAACAUGUCAUGGAGAAUAUAUGUGACACAUUGGUGGGGAAUUUUAAAUUUACAUGGAUGCCUUAUGAUGAUUGUCAAAUUAAACUGAGCUUUGUGACAAGUUUAGUCUUUUGGGCAGUUUUUCAGCAUCCCUGCUAUGGAUAUGUGGAAGAGCUAACUUGGUACAUUGUCUUUGUUUUGUCUUUUUCUGGAGUGCAACAUAGAGGGAGUUUGGAAGCUAUUUAAGAGCUGAACAGCAAGAAGUUGGAGAAGUUGUAAAAGCAAAUAAUCAAAAGUAAAUAUUGUUACUACAACUGACUGAAAUACAUCAGAUCAACUGUGUUUGCAUAUACAUGCAUCAAUGCAGGGAAAUGUUGGCUGAACCUAAUAGACUGUAUUUCUUGAUUAAAGAACAUGAAAUCUAA